AUGACACGAACAAGGAGAGGAGAGACAUCCUCAAGCACUCACAAAAUCGUCCUAUUGCCCGGCGAUGGAGUCGGACCCGAAGUCGUUGCUGAGGGAAAGAAGGUUUUGCAGGCUAUUGCUGAAGCAAGGAAAGAAGCUACAAACGUACACUUUGAGUUCACGGAAUAUGACUUUGGAGGAAUAGCUAUAGACAAAACUGGCCAACCAUUGCCUAAGAAGACCCUUGACGCUUGCAAAGGAGCUACUGCUAUCUUGCUAGGUGCUGUUGGAGGCCCAAAAUGGUCGGUCAACAAACCUCGUCCUGAAGAAGGUCUCCUGGAACUCCGAAAAGCAUUGGACUUGUUUGCCAACAUUCGUCCUUGCUUCUUCCCUGCCGCUUCCCUCGUAAAACAGUCACCAAUAAAGGAAGAAAUCGUAAAGGGUGCUGAAUUCACAGUCAUCCGUGAAUUGACUGGUGGUAUCUACUUUGGUACUCGUCAAGAGGAAAAGAAUGGAAAGGCAUUUGAUACUAUGGAAUACACUGUAGAAGAAGUGCAACGUGUAGCCCGUAUCGCUGGUAACAUGGCCAUGCUGUCCACACCGCCAGCUCAAGUAUCUUCUAUCGACAAGGCAAACGUCCUUGCUACAUCUCGAAUGUGGCGACGAGUCGUCACUGAGACCUUGGCAGCCGAAUACCCUGAAGUCAAAGUCUCGCACCAUCUAGUAGACUCGGCUGCCAUGAUGAUGGUCAUGGCUCCUAAGAAACUCAAUGGAAUAGUAUUGACUGAAAACAUGUUUGGUGAUAUCUUGACUGAUGAAGCUUCGGUCAUUCCUGGCAGUUUGGGUUUGUUGCCUAGUGCCAGUUUGAAUGGUUGGGGUAGCAAGGCUGUUGGAAUGUACGAGCCUAUCCAUGGUUCUGCUCCUGAUAUUGCUGGUCAAGGAAUCGCAAACCCAACUGGUACCAUCUUAUCAGUCGCCAUGAUGCUUCGAUACUCUCUAAAAAUGGACAAGGAAGCUAAAGCCAUUGAACAAGCAGUCGCCAAAGUAAUUGACUCGGGCAUUCGUACUCGUGAUAUCGGAGGCACAAAUUCAACCUCAGAAUUCGGUGACGCAGUAGUAGCAGCAUUGGCCGAACCAUUGAACAAAUUAAACCAAGUAGAUUUGGCAUCUCGUGUCAAGACCACCGCUGAAGGACGUCUAAUCCCAUCAUCCCUCCCAUUCAAACGUCGUCCCAUGAACUUGUGUGAAAAGAUUAUCGCACACUCUGCUAUUGGUCUCCCUGCUCCAUUCGAAGUAAAGCCAGGUGACAUGGUCUGUGUAUCUGUAGACUGGACUAUAGCAUCAGAGUUGACUUGGAAGGGUAUGGAAAAGACCUUUGAUGAAAUGGGACGUCCCAAGAUCUGGCGUAAUGAUCGAUUCUGGUUGGCUAUUGACCAUACCGUCGAUCCCAGUAUAUACCACUUGCCCAAACCCCGUGAAUUGAUCGAAGCGUCUGAAACAUUUGCCAAGGAAGCCAAUAUAACAGAUUUCUGGGGCCCAAAUCAAACCAUCUUGCACACAGAGUUCUACCGUGAACGUGCUCAACCUGGUAUGAUGAUCAUCGGUGCUGACUCGCACUCUUGCUCUGCUGGUGGUCUUGGUACAUUUGCUGUUGGCUUAGGUGCUGCCGAUGUAGUGAUGCCUCUAGUAACAGGUGAAACAUGGUUUAAAGUACCCGAAACCUGUGAAAUCCGAUUCGAAGGUAAACCACCAUUCGGUAUUGGUGGAAAGGACGUCAUCCUACAUGUAUUGGGUGAAUUGAAACGAAACACUGUUGGAUUCGAACGGGCUGUAGAAUGGACUGGCCCUGGUAUAAAACAUCUAUCUUGUGAUGCCCGAUUCGCAAUUGCCAAUAUGACCACUGAGUUUGGUGGUAUUGCUGGUGUAUUCGAAGCAGAUGAAAUCACUGCCGCUUACAUCGCCAAACGUAAAGACCAUAAAAAAGAUGCCAUCUACUUCCGUGCCGAUGAAGGUGCUGAAUACGCCACUUCCCAUGUGAUCGAUUUGGGACAAGUCACCUCUUUAGUCGCUCUAUACCCAUCACCCGAUAAUGUAGUCCCUGCCACCAAAGUAGCUGGUAUGGAUCUCGAUGGUUGUUUCAUUGGAGCUUGUACCACUGGUGAAGAAGAUUUGAUCUUGGGUGGUCUUGUAUUGGAGGCUGGAUUGAAGAAGGGCAUGAGGCCAAGUAUGAAGGGUAAACGUAAAGUUACUCCUGGAUCUGUAUCUAUUGUCGCCAAGUUGCGUCGUCUAGGCCUGAUUAAAGUGUAUGAACAGGCUGGAUUUGAAAUCGGUGCUCCGGGAUGCUCAUACUGUCUUGGUGUUGCUGCUGAUCGUGCUGGCGAAGGUGAAGUUUGGCUCUCCAGUCAAAACCGAAACUUCCCCAACCGUAUGGGCAAAGGCUCCAUCGCCAACUUAGCAUCAGCUGCUACAGUUGCCGCCUCAUCCUUCGAAAUGAAGGUCCGAGAUCCACAAGACUUGUUGGAUGCUGUCGACCAAAAGAAAUAUGCAGAAAUGCAAGAAAUGUGGAUUGCCAAAGGUGCUAAAAUCACUAUUAGCGAACCUGCACCUGUUGUAGCUGGUGCUGCUGCUGAAGCUGUUGCUAGCAUGGAAGUGGAUGGUGCAGCUACUGCUUCGUAUACCCCUGUAUUGGCUGGCAAGAUUCAACGAUUUGGUGAUAAUGUUGAUACUGAUGCCAUCAUCCCUGCUGAAUUUAUGCCUGGAACCUCUGAUGAAGACUUGGGAACACAUUGUUUCCAAUACUUUAGAGCAGAAUUCGUACCAAAGGCCAAAGAAGGAUACACUAUUGUUGUAGCUGGUAUUGGAUUUGGAUCUGGUUCUUCUCGUGAAGAAGCCCCUCGUGCAUUGAAGGGCUGUGGUAUCAAGGCUGUCAUUGCUAAAUCGUAUGCCUACAUUUAUGGUCGUAACCAGCCCAACAUGGCUCUUUUGGGAGUCAUCGUCAAAGACGAUCACUUCUACCAACUAGCCCAGGAAGGCGUACACGUCGAAGUCGAUUUACCAGGCCGAGUAGUCCGAGUAGAUGGCCACUCCUUCCCAUUCGACCUGUCACGAAUGGAAGAAAAGAUUGUGAUGGGUGGUGGUGUCACCACACUGUACAAGAACGAUGGUCAAUCCUUGUUUAGAAAGGCUAUUGCCCGUGCACAAGCUGAUGAAGAUGCAUGUGCAAAGACUGCUAGUGGCGAGGAAUGUGCCACUGAUGGUGAUAAGAAGGCUUUGGCAUGGUAG